AUGUCAGCUUUGCAAAAUUUGAAGGAUAGAGGGCGCGCAUUUGUGCGUGCCCUAAAAUUAGUAUACCAGUUCAAGAUCGAAACACCAAUCCCUCUAUCCCCACUCAGAUCCCACGCACCGCUGCCCCUAACCUUCUCCUUCAAAACGAAAGAAACGCUCGAUGAUUCUUCCUCUACCGGUGGUCCCACCUCCGAAUCACUCGAGACUGAAAUUUUUGAGGACCGACUCUCGCAGGUACGUUUGUGUAAUCAGAGUGGCAAAGGGAAGAAAGUCGACCCAUGGAAGAGCAUGAAGUCUGGGAAGAAAUCCAGUGGGAGUUCAGGAUCUAGGGAAAACAUAUACCUCCCACUGGUGCCUUCGAAGGAUCCGAAUUCAGGUUGA